UCUACAAUAGAGUGAAGGGCUUAUAUUGUAUAGAGGCACCCUUUUUGCUUAAAUACGGUGCAAGUGACAAUUUAAACCCGGUCCGGUCUAUUUCUCCGGCGCGCGAAUUUAGUGUGAAUUUGGUCUGUUUUUAUGAACGCUGCAAAGCAGCGGCGGCGGAAGCAGCAGCGCCAAUUAUGUCAGCAAUAUUCCGAUGCUCUGCGUCCAAGCUCCGACGCCUAACCAGCACCACAACCGUUGCCCUCUUUCACCAUCGUUCCGCCGCCAAUACCCUCCUGCUCCAGUCCCACCAAACUCCACUCCUCAGAGCCCCGAAAUUAGGGUUCCAGGAGCGCCACAAAUGGGACGGCAGCUCCGACAGCUACGAUCAAAUCAAAGCCGAGGUCAAUUGCCCUCGCUGCUCCAAGCCAAUGACCGUAAUCUUUUCCAACCGCCCGCUCUCCAUCACCGCCGGCGAGAGCGGCAUUUACCAGGCUGUUAACAUGUGCUCCAAUUGUCGGACGGCAUACUAUUUCCGGCCCUUCAAGCUGGAGCCGCUACAGGGGAGUUUUAUCGAGAUUGGGAGGGUUAAGGGUGGUAGAGAGGAUUACAGGGAUAUGGAUGGGAAAAGUGGGAAGAACGGUGUGAAGAUCUGGGAGAAGUUGAGGUCUUAUAGCAGCGUUGAGAACAAUAUUGAUGCUGGCAGCUUUGGCGGUCGUUGCGUGGAGGAGGAUUCGGCGGCGAGUGCUGGUAUGGUGGAGGAGGUGACAGAAGUGGGGCAAGAAGUAUUGCCAACGCCCAAGGAGAUAUGUAAGGUGCUCAAUGAGUUUGUUGUGGGGCAGGAGAGGGCGAAGAAGGUGCUUUCUGUUGCUGUUUACAAUCACUACCAAAGAAUAAACCACUCCUUGGUGAAGAAAGAGACAGGUGCUGAAUCAGGCAAUACUGAGGCUGAACUAGAUUGCUGCAAUGAUAAUGUUGUUGAGUUGGAGAAGAGCAAUGUCUUAUUGAUUGGCCCAACUGGCUCAGGAAAGACAUUGCUUGCAAAAACACUUGCUCGGGUUGUGAAAGUACCUUUCGUCAUUGCUGAUGCAACUUCAUUAACACAGGCUGGUUAUUUUGGGGAAGAUGUGGAAUCCAUACUGUACAAACUACUCAUGGCUGCUGACUUUGAUAUUGAAGCUGCUCAGAGAGGAAUUGUGUACAUCGAUGAAGUUGACAAAAUAACAAAGAAGAUAGAGAGCUUAAAUACUGGUAGAGAUGUAUCUGGAGAGGGUGUUCAGCAAGCACUACUAAAAAUGCUUGAGGGAACUGUUGUCAGUGUUCCUGAUAAUAGAACUCCAAAGCAUUCACACCGUGACAGCAUUCAGAUAGAUACAAAAGAUAUUCUCUUUAUAUGUGGUGGGGCUUUUGUUGACCUGGAGAAGACCAUUUCAGAGAGACGACACGAUUCAUCAAUUGGUUUUGGAGCCCCUAUUCGUGCUAAUAUGAGGCUUGGUGGACUAAAUAUUACUGUAGCCUCAUCACUAUUGGAAUAUGUAGAGAGUAGUGAUCUUACUGCAUAUGGUCUUAUACCUGAAUUCGUUGGGCGAUUUCCUGUUAUAGUGAGCUUGUCAGCUCUCGAUGAAGACCAACUUGUACAGGUUCUUUCUGAGCCAAAAAAUGCUCUGUGUAAACAGUACAAGAGGAUGUUCAACAUGAAUAAUGUCAAGUUGCAGUUCACAGACGAUGCAAUGAGAUUAAUUGCGAAGAAAGCAAUAGCCCGGAAUACUGGUGCACGUGGUUUGAGAGCCAUACUAGAAAACGUUCUGACUGAGGCAAUGUAUCAGGUCCCAGAUGCCAAAUCGGGAAAGGACAAUGUAGAUACAGUUUUGGUUGAUGAGGAAGCUGUUGGUGCACCACAUGCACCUGGAUGCGGAGCAAAAUUGCUUCCUUCAAACCAUGGGUUGGAAGGAAUUCCUCAGCACACAAAAUCAAGAGAUACAAGUGACGAUGGCAAUCGUGUGAAGGGAAGCUUGCGGGAACAUUUGGAGGAUUCAUUGCCUGCCAUGAGUUUGUAAUUUGACAGAAUGAAAAGGCUCAUGGAUCUUGUAUAUAAGUCAUCAAGUUCUGAAGAAUCAAUAAUUCUUCCUGCCCAA